AUGGCUGAAAAAUCACGUUACGACCCCAACUUCACUCCCUAUGUCAUUAACUCGAUGGGACCCAACACUCCCGAGCGUGCUCGUGUCAUUCUGGGCUCGCUCAUCAAGCACAUUCACGACUUUGCUCGUGAGGUUGACCUCACCUCUGCCGAGUGGAUGAUGGGUGUGGAGUUCAUCAACACCAUUGGACAAAUCAGCACUCCCAUUCGUAACGAGUGUCACCGUAUCUGUGAUGUGAUCGGUCUGGAGUCGCUGGUCGAUGAGAUCGCCAACAAAAUCGUCACUGACCAGGGCUUGUCUCCCACCUCCAACGUUAUUCUGGGCCCGUUCUGGUCUCCCAACGCUCCUUUCCGUGAGCUCGGUGACUCCAUCAUCCAGAACCCCCUCCCCAACGGCCAGGUCACCUACAUGCACGGCCGUCUGACUGAUCUGGAGACUGGCAAGCCCAUCGUCGGUGCCGUUAUUGAUAUCUGGCAGGCCUCCGCCAACCGCCUGUACGAUUUCCAGGAUCCUGACCAGACUGAGAACAACCUCCGCGGCAAAUUCAAGACCAACGAGAACGGCGAGUACUUCUUUUACUGCUACCACCCCACUGCGUACUCUCUGCCCACCGACGGUCCCGCUGGUGUGCUUCUCAACCUCAUGGACCGCUCCCCAUGGCGCCCGGCUCACAUUCACCUCAUGAUUACCCACCCCGAAUACGCUACCGUCAUCAACCAACUGUACCCCUCCACCGACCCUCACCUUGUCGAUGACUCCGUCUUCGCCGUCAAGGAUGACCUCGUUGUUGAGUUCAAGCCCAAGACCAACGACCCCAAGGCCACCCUCGACCUUGAGUACAACGUCACCAUGGCCCUGAAGAAGUGGCACCCCCACCCCAACUCGGCCCCUCCUGUCUCCUCUUUCCAGCGUGCUCAGGAGAAGCUAUAA